AUGACGGACAGAGUAACCAUUGAGCUCAAAAACAAGCCAACGGCUGAUGGUACUGAGGAAUACCCAGGAACUUCUACCAGUGGUAAGACUGUUAACAUUACUGUCGAAAGAACCACUUACCCUACUGGAUCGGACUUCUACAGAUAUGAGCAUACUCUACGGACUGGAGGACAGCAAUUCACACUAAAGGAAGUAAGGGAUGAUCAGAACAAGGAGAUUAAUGCUAUAAAUGACCUUAAAGGUCAAGAGGUAACCUCAGUUGCCGCUUAUUACUGGAAGCAUGAGAAUGGUACUAAUAGCACACCUACUACAGCUCUCAUGGUUGAAGUGACCGCCACUGGCACUAAAACUAAGAAUAAAACUACCUAUUAUGCCAAUGUAAAGAAUAAUGGUAGUAAUGAAUGGAUUAAACUUUAUGGAGGUUCUAGACCUAAUCUCAUAAAUGGUGAUAUUGAAAGGACACUGGAUGACUUAGUCUGUUCGAACUAUGGUGGAGUAACAAUUGACCUUAGCAAGAGUACGUCCAUGAGUGGUAGAGCUAGUAAUGGAGAACCAUAUUGUUGCCGUUGCCACGGUGAGGACAAGGAUAAGAGUAGCGAUCAGCGGAAGAUCACUGUUAAGCAACAGAAUGUUUCUUGUAAACAUAAAAAAGCCAAUUAUUACAAACACACAAUUAUUGGUAAUCAUGAACUUGCAAGGAUAAGGUACUAUCUUACUUUUCCUAAUAAUCCUACUAGUACUGAUACUAAUAAACCCAGUAAUAGAAGACGUAUAAAGUUAGGCGAUAAAGCAUUUCCUCUCACUGAUGUAGAAGCCGUUUAUGCAUUUUACUGCGGAGGAAAUCCGGUUCUUAUCUAUGUGAAAGGGGAUGGAAAUAAUGGAACAAAUAGUUGGUACAAGAAGCCUACUGAUGGUAGCAAUCAUAAUGGAGAUGAAGAGUGGACAUCAGUUCCAAAUCUCAACAUAAAACCAAGUGAGUUAACUAAUCAUACGGACUGCAAGAAAUAUAACAAACUUAUUGAGGAACUAAGGACUGUUGAAUGUGUAGGCUUGCAAAAAUGUACUGAAUCUGCUCAACAAUCUUCUCAAGCUGCUACUGAACCUAUGGGACCUGUUGGUAAUAAAGGUGAAGAAGGUAAAGCUGAUGGAUCUGAAGCUAAAGCUCAAGAUGGUGUUGGUCCUGGUGGCGGUAAAGGAGAAUCUGGACCUCCUGGAGCUAGUGGUGGACAAAACUCUGAUACUGGUGAUGGUGAAAAUGGUGAAGACACUCCUGAUUCUCCUAAAGCUGCUGAAUUUGGUACUGGGGCCGCUGAAGCUGGCAUUUUUGCUACUAUUGGAUACUUUUUUGCUGGAACUACAGGAUCCGGAUUAACUGGCUUCUUGGGAUAUAAGGGUUAUAAGUUAUACCAAAACUUUAAAGGAGACCCUUGGGUUAGACAGAUUUAG